UUGCAGGAUUACCAGCCAGACUCCCAGAAAUCAUGUUGGUAGGAUCCCAGUCCUUUUCCCCUGGAGGGCCCAAUGGGAUCAUUAGAAGCCAGUCCUUCGCGGGGUUCAGCGGCCUACAGGAGAGGCGAUCCAGAUGUAACUCCUUCAUUGAAAAUUCCUCUGCUCUCAAGAAGCCCCAAACCAAACUGAAGAAAAUGCACAAUUUAGGACACAAGAACAACAACCUUCCCAAAGAACCUCAACCUCAAAGGGUGGAAGAGGUCUACCGGGCUUUGAAGAAUGGACUUGAUGAAUACCUGGAAGUUCACCAAACAGAGUUGGACAAGUUGACCGCACAGUUAAAGGAUAUGAAAAGAAACUCUCGCCUGGGUGUCCUGUAUGAGCUAGACAAGCAAAUUAAAACGAUUGAAAGAUACAUGAGACGCCUGGAGUUUCACAUUAGUAAGGUGGAUGAACUCUAUGAGGCUUAUUGUAUCCAAAGACGCCUCCAAGAUGGUGCCAGCAAAAUGAAACAAGCCUUUGCAACAUCGCCGGCUAGCAAAGCUGCCCGAGAGAGCCUGUCAGAGAUCAGCCGGAGCUACAAAGAAUACACAGAGAACAUGUGCACCAUUGAAGCUGAGCUGGAGAAUCUGCUCGGGGAGUUCUCCAUCAAGAUGAAAGGUCUGGCUGGCUUUGCUCGUCUCUGCCCAGGAGAUCAGUAUGAAAUUUUCAUGAAGUAUGGCCGGCAGAGGUGGAAACUAAAAGGCAAAAUAGAAAUGAAUGGCAAACAGAGCUGGGAUGGAGAGGAAAUGGUGUUCCUGCCCCUGAUCGUUGGAUUGAUUUCCAUCAAGGUCACGGAGCUCAAAGGGCUGGCGUCUCACCUCCUGGUAGGCAGUGUGACCUGCGAGACCAAAGAGCUGUUUGCAGCCCGACCUCAGGUCGUGGCUGUUGACAUCAAUGACCUUGGCACCAUCAAACUGAACCUGGAGAUCACCUGGUAUCCAUUUGACGUGGAGGACGUGACCCCAUCCUCGGGUACUGGGAACAAGACCGCAGCCCUACAGAGGAGAAUGUCCAUGUACAGCCAGGGCACCCCAGAAACACCCACCUUCAAAGAUCACUCCUUCUUCUCUAAUCUACCUGAUGACGUCUUUGAAAAUGGAAAGUCAGCUGAAGAGAAAACGCCCCUCUCUCUCAGCUUCAGCGACCUCCCCAAUGAGGACUGCGCCCUCGCCACCCACGCAGCCGGCUCUCCCCCCGACGCCUACUCGGCAAAGCCAGAAAUUACCGUUACCCCUGCAGAUCUGCACCUGAGUGGCCUGUCCUCCCAGGAGGAAGGCCCGGAAGACAGCAGCUCGGUGUCUUCCAGAAACUCCUUGGGAGAAAGCCCGGAGCCGAAGCCUCACCUGCAGGAAGACGCUGAGGGGCCCAGGAAACCCGAGAGCCCCCGAGCACCUGCAGGCCCCCCGGCUGAGCACCUCUUCCUGGAGAAGGAUGUCACCGAGGCCCUUCUGAAAGAGUCAGAGGAGGCGUCUGAGCUCAAGCCUGUGGAGCUGGACGCUUUUGAGGGGAACGUCACGAAGCAGCUGGUGAAGAGGCUCACCUCGGCGGAGGUGGCGCUGGCCCCUGAGAGGCUGCGCUUUGAGGGCUCUGUCAGCGGCGAGUCCGAAGGCUGCAGGUCCUUUCUAGAUGGAAGCUUAGAGGAUGCCUUUACUGGGCUCUUCCUGGCGUUAGAACCUCAUAAAGAGCAGUAUAAGGAGUUUCAGGACCUGAACCAAGAAGUCAUGCAUUUGGAUGAUAUUCUAAAAUGCAAGCCAGCAGUAAGCCGCAGCAGGUCCUCCAGUUUAAGUCUUACAGUUGAAAGUGCUUUAGAAAGCUUUGAUUUCCUGAACACCUCUGAUUUUGACGAGGAGGAAGAUGGUGAUGAGGUUGGUAAUGGUGGAGGAGGUGCUGACUCAGUAUUUUCAGACACUGAGACCGAGAAAAAUAGUUAUAGGUCGGUCCACCCAGAAGCCAGGGGCCACCUUAGUGAAGCACUGACAGAGGACACAGGCGUGGGGACAAGUGUGGCAGGAAGCCCACUUCCACUCACCUCAGGAAACGAGAGCCUGGACAUCACUAUCGUCAGGCACCUGCAGUACUGCACCCAGCUUGUUCAGCAAAUUAUUUUCUCAAGCAAAACCCCAUUUGUGGCAAAAAAUCUGUUAGAGAAACUUUCUAGGCAAAUCCAAGUGAUGGAGAAACUCUCAGCUAUCAGCGAUGAGAACAUUGGAAACAUCAGUUCCGUCAUCGAAGCCAUCCCAGAAUUCCACAAAAAGCUGUCUCUGCUGGCUUUCUGGACCAAGUGCUGCAGCCCCGUCGGUGUCUACCACAGUUCAGCGGACAGAAUGAUGAAGCAGCUGGAAGCCAGCUUUGCCAGAGCGGUCAACACAGAGUAUCCGGGACUCGCAGACUCAGUGUUUCGGACCCUGGUGUCCCAAAUUCUGGACCGCGCUGAGCCUCUGCUUCCCUCCAGCCUUUCCUCAGAAGUCAUCACUGUUUUCCAGUAUUACAGUUACUUUACCAGCCACGGUGUGAGCGACCUGGAGAGUUACUUGAAUCAGCUGGCCAAGCAAGUUUCCAUGACAGAGACUCUGCAAUCCCUAAGAGAGGAAAAGCUGCUGCAGGCCAUGAGUGACCUCACUCCCAGCAGCCUCCCCGCCCAGCAGGAAGUUCUCAGGACCCUGGCUCUGCUGUUAACUGGAGAGGACAGCGAAGUUAGUGAGGCUGUGACACUUUACUUGACAGCAGCCUCCAGAAACCAACAUUUCAGGGAAAAGGCCUUGCUAUAUUAUUGUGAAGCAUUGACAAAGACAAACCUCCAGCUCCAGAAGGCAGCUUGCCUGGCCCUGAAAAGCCUAGAGGCUACUGAAAGCAUUAAGAUGCUGGUGACUUUGUGUCAGUCCGAUACUGAAGAAAUCAGAAAUGUGGCCUCAGAAACGCUGUUGUCUCUUGGAGAAGAUGGACGCUUGGCAUAUGAGCAGCUGGACAAGUUUCCUCGAGAUUGUGUGAAAGCUGGCGGUCGUCAUGAAGCUGAAGUUGCAACAGCUUUUUGAUUACAAGUUCACACUGCCUAACAGCUGUCUUCACGAAUGGACUUUUGAAUCAAGAUGGUGCUGUGACUUAGCCGGAAUGUGUUUAAAACUUGAAGAGUUCUGCUGAAGCUGUCUGAGUAGAUAGCAGGUUGUAGAAAGAAUUCAAGUCCACUGUUUCAGUACUGCUCCCCGUUUUCUGGCCCAUAGGCUAGGCUGGGAUUGCAUCCCAUUCGGUAGAUUAUAUUGUUCAUGGCAUCUGACAAUAGUUUCAAAAAUGUCCAUCUUGCCUAAUAGGUACAGGAUUUUAAAAUAGCCAUCUUUGUAUGUUUUUGGAAGUUCUUCUGUGAGCUUGAAAUAGUCAUGUGAUACUUCCUUUGAUAAUUAUCAAAUGCUUGGUGAUUUUUCUCUGUCUUGUUCUCAGGGUUGAGUGGCCCCCUUAACUACCCAAUUUAACUUAAAUACAAAGCACAAAGAAUUUUAUCAAACAAAAAUUCACCUGUAGGACCUGUUACAUGACACACUGUAACUUUAAGGUUUUUACUCCGAGCCUCCAGCUUUUCUUUUGGGACUUUUUUUUCCUUCAUCCUGAAAACUUCAAAAGCAUGCUUCCAUUAUGGUAAAAAAGAUAGGUAGGUGAAUGACAACUGCCUUAUUAAGAUUACACCCAUACUCACUAAAAAAAAAAAAAAAAAAAAAAA